UUGGGCUGUGGGAUUUCCUGCCAUUGUAAUUACCUUUCAUUGAUAUUUGUACUUCUAUUAUUUCUUACUAUAUAAUGGACAUUAUUAUUAUUCUUAUAUGGCACAGGCUAGUCGAUGCUCAACAACUUGGGAUUAGACCUAGGUCAAUAGAACAUCUCGUACACCCCGUAAUUUACUGCUCUCAAAGAUUGCAUUUUGCUUUGAACUAGGUCUGACCUAAUUCCAGGCCAACCUUUGAAACAACCAAGGGACGAAUUUUUUUUUUGGCCAUGGAAUCCCAUAGAGGAGUUAUGCACAUGCCCAAAUUUGCCAAUGUUUUCUCAAAGGUAGGUGCCUUCAUAUAUUGCGGUAAAAUGACAAUAUAGUUUGUCAUUCAAAGAGGCCCUUAUAAAUGUGAAAUGAACUGCAAAUCAAGAUGCUGGUCGAUCUGGGUGCUCUCUAGAGGAAUGUUGUGUGGCUGGUGGUGAAGCAUUGGUUGCAAGGCCCAGUAGGAUUCCAACUACGUGAUGCAUUGAUGAUCCUUGCUUGGGGUCUUGAUGGCAGCAUGACAAACCCAACUUCAACACCAACUCCAUCUCUAUUUGCUUAUAUUCUCCAACAAUACGAGUAUCUACGGCCUUGAGCAGCGUCCCCACUACAUGUAACCCAUGGUCCACAAGCAACACUUCAUCUUCUGCUCUCCACCUCUCAAUUGGCUUUCGUCCACAGGUCACCUCUAGCACCACCACCCCAAUGCUAUACACAUCACUAGCCACCGUAGGUGUAGGAAGGCGAGCCAACUCUUGCACAAGGUACCCCAACAUGCCCACCACCAUCGUGGUAUCUGGGGCUUGCCCGUGCUUGUAUAGCUUUGCCAAACCAAAUCUCCGAGCUGAACCCUCAGCUCAGUCUCUAGCAGCACAUUGCUAGACUUGAUGACUCGGUGUAGCACCUGUUGCUCCCAGCCCUCGUAUACGUACAGAAGCCCCUCGGCCAGGUCUGUUAGGAUUUGGAGCCUAGCUGCCCACCGUAGUGGCUCUGGGGGCGAGUCAAAUAUCCAUCGGUUGAGGCUUCCAUUGGGCAUGAAAUUAUAGACUAGAAGAAAUUGGCUGGCACAUUGGCACCACCCCCAUAACUGGACUAGCCUCUGGUCCCCAUGCUCCAGAUCUCGGCCAAUAACUCUUGCCUCCCCUGCUUAGAGGUUUAUGAUAUGCACUUAACCACGACCUCAUCUCCUGAUAUGGGUAGCACUCCUUUGUACCCUUGGCCGAGACCUCCUGCACCCAAAAAUCCCUCCUUUGUGAACCCAUUUGUCGCCUGGUAUAGGUUGUCAUAGGGGAUCCUGUGUGACCAAUACUCCCCCUUUGACUCCUCUGCCUCCUCAUCCACUGCUGAACUCCCUCGCCAAAAAACAGCUGGUGAAUGAUUCUGAUGGCCACAUGGACGAAUACUAUGACGCAAACAAAUGUGAUUCCUUCUAUCAAUGCUGUGGAUCGGGUUGAGGAGAAGUCUGCCUGGGAGAAGGCUGGGAGGUUAGAGGUGUCAAGUGGUCUAGCAGGGUCGGUGGUACUAAGGCUCCAUGCAAGAAUCCGUUUCCGCUCAAUGUAUUCCCCCUACAAGUCUAUGAAAACAUAAAAAAUCUUGCCAGAAAUGAUUUCAUGGAGCUUGCUGCUAUGGUAUGAGAGGAGCGGACAGGCCGGAUGGGGCAGGCCAGGAUUGUGAUCGUGACAUAUAUUGUGAGAUUGGGACCAUCUAAGUCGAUCUAGGCCUGGAUAUUCCGUCCAGAGUGCAUGUCUAGUGGCUGGAAUCCUACUGUGGAGUUCCAGAAUCCAGCAGCUGCAGGUGUAGGUUGUGUGACUCUGUAGUUGGACGAGAGGUAGAUGGUGACAUGGUUGUCACCUUCAUUGAUCUUCUUGUAUAAGUAGUGACCGAAUUGGGCUUGAUAAGGCUUUGGAAAUUGGGGAUGAUUUCCUCUUCAAUGGCUUCAAGCAUGGCGACUUGCCCCUCUUCAAUGAUGCUCGCCUUUGACAACCUCACCCUCCUCACUCCUGAUUCCAAAUAUUCCUCCUCUACUAAAAGUAUCUGUAUACCCUCACCUCUCCCCAUCAAAUGGAGUAAUUCUACCAAGUCGUCCUCCACCUUCAUCUUCUCCACCCUGCCCUGCAACUCCACCAGCCGUUCCUUUGCCUGGCCUUCAUUCUCUCUGUUCCCACUGGGACACCCGAUGUUCUCUGGCCAUUAUGAUCCCUUCCUUGACCCGAAAAUCAAUUUUGACCUUUGAUUAUGAAAUUUGAAUUUUCAAAACUGGUGCAGAUUUGGUAGAUCACUAAACAAUUGAAAAUUAAAAAUGUAAGUAAUUUAUAUUAUAAUACAUUAUUUUUAGGGCUCAAAAUUUAAUAAGCUUACAACGACGCUAUUUUGGCUAUAUUUUGACUAGAUUUCAUUCCCUGUUAGUGAGAUUACCUUAAUUUAUUGGCCCUACAAACUUUGAUUGCGAUUGAUUGGAGUUCCGGGAAUUCUCACAGUCACAAUCUUGUUUAAUAGAUAUUUUGCUUUGGCCAAGCUCCUAUUGUAGCAUACGAUUAAUACUCUCAACUUGUGUUCCAAAAACGUCUAACGGUGCCAAGGUGGCUUGGGGGUUCCAGGCCGCCCAACACCUAGGUGGGACUGGCCACCCAGAAUGUGGGCAGCCCAGGUAGAGUAAAAAGCAUAGGAGGUUGUCUAAUUCAAUUGUUUUAGGGUUGGACACUGUUUGAAAACCAAAAGAGGCAUAUUGAAACAUAUCACACAUCAAUAAUACAUAAUAUAUAAUCUAUCCAUAGUUCAUUACGCCCUUUGUUUGGAUCGAUUUCUUGAAAUAUUGAAUAGUCCUUUGAUCCUAUGGAAAUCACAAAAUUUCAAUUAUUUAUUUCAAUUAUUUUGAAGUUUUUCUCUCUUUAGAAGGGUUCAAUUGGGGUUUAGAUUCGAUAUGAACAUAACACCCUUUUUUGAGAAGCUUAAACUUAAAAAAAAACAAAAAAAAUCAAAUGCCCCUUGAUUUUGACAUCACUAUGACCGUAAGGACCAUAUUAUAUAGGCCCUCGGUAAAUGUUCCCUGAUUAUUUCUCGAAGUCCGUGUGUUGACUUUCAUGUAGAAUGGUUCCUUCAGUGUGAGGGCAAAUGAUCCAAAUUAAUUAAUUUGAUCCUACCCUUCUCCCUCAAUUUAAACAUUCAAAAUCUAAUAUGACACCAAGGAACAAGUUGUGGCCUCUUCAGUGCCCUGGGGGCUCUGUAACAAGUGUUGGUUGACCUUUUGCAUGUUUACGCUUUUCCAAGACAACACAUCUCCACAAAGCACAUCUUUUUUCUCUCUCAAUCAUCUAAGCAUCUGCAAAUUCUUGGUUUAUUUCUCUUCAUAUUUGGGAUUGAUCCAUCUUUCUUUUCUCAAUGGCAACAAAGAAGGUAUGCCGCCCUUUUCUCCUCCUCUUCUUCGCUAGCUAUGCUGCAGGAGGGGUCCUCUUCUCAACACUCAAGCCUACUCUUGUGGUUCAAGCAUCACCCAGAGCUGGAAGUGUUCUAAACGUGGGUGAGGAUCGCAUAACCGUGACAUGGUCCUUGAACCAGUCUUUCCCCAAAGGAAUGGACCAACAAUAUAAGAAAAUAAAGGUGAAGCUUUGUUAUGCACCUAUUAGCCAAAAGGACAGGGCAUGGAGGAAGACUGUGGAUGAUAUCAAGAAAGAUAAGACAUGCCAAUUCAAGAUAGCAGCGCAACCCUACAACUCAACAGCCACUGUCGCAUGGCUCAUAGAGAGAGACACACCCACUGCUACUUAUUUCAUUAGAACUUAUGCCUUAGAUUCUCAAGAUAAUGAAGUGACCUAUGGCCAGACCACCAACAAGAACAAGACCACUAAUCUCUUUGUGAUUCAAGGGAUUAGUGGCAGACAGGCUUCUCUCGAUGUAGCAGCUGCGGUCUUCUCAGUCUUCUCGGUGUUCUCUCUCUUCGCUUUCUUCAUUAGGGAGAAGUGGGCGGCCAAGCGCGUGCAAAGGAAGUGAGAGAGCUGAAGGGAUCCUAUGAAUUAGGGGUGUUUGUAAAAUUUUGCUGGUUUUCUUUUUUUCACUUCAUGGAGAUAGAGAGAGGUCUGGUUCGUUGGUUAACAGAGUUUGAGAGACGUGCUUUAAAUAAAUCAGACCUCGGUCGCUACAAUAGUCUCUCUCUCUCAAAUCUAGUACCCUUUCUAACUCGGAGAUGGCUCAAAACUAAUGAUU